GUGACUAGCUAACAAGAUUAUAGUAUGGCUAUGUUGCCUGAGAGAUACACUACAACAGUUGAGUCAGUGCAGGUAAGAUCAACCUGUCAUCAUUUAGAUAAUUAUAAAGAGUUGAGGCUACUAGUGACAGGAAAGACAGGAGAAGGAAAGUCCACGCUAGUCAAUGGAAUCCUGGGAAAAGUAGUUGCUAAAGAGGGAGCUAGUAGGGAAAGAUGCACAACCAAAGUUGAAGAGUAUCACAAAAAAAUCCAUGGUGUACCAGUCACUGUGUUUGAUUCUCCUGGCCUACAAGAUGCAACAGGGAAUGAAGAUCAAUACCUAAACGACAUGAGGAAAAAAUGUCAAAACCUCAGUUUAGUUCUUUGUUGCACAAAAAUGACCAACAACCGUUUGAAAGAUGAUGACAAAAAUGCAAUCAUAAAGCUAACUACUACAUUUGGACAAAGGUUCUGGGAACAUGCUAUUCUUGUUCUUACGUUCGCCAACACAGAAAAUGUCUCAAGACGUGAUGACAGAGAUGAAGAUGAAGGACCCGAGCCUGACUAUGAUGAUGAUGCUGCCUGGAAAGAGCUGGGAAAGAAAAGGUUCAAAGGUCGUGUGAAGAAAUGGAAAGAUGGUUUUCACAAGUUUCUCAUAGAUGAGGUUGGAAUAAGGGAAGAUAUAGUUGAAAGGAUUCCUGUAGUACCU